UGUAUUGCUUUACGUCAGCCACGUUGGAAGUGCCAACUUGGUGUUUUUAUGGUAAAUAAAUGCUUUUUCAGACAUAUUAAAUGAAAUUGUUAAUAAAAGAUACAUAAUACAAUAACUGAGACCUAUCUAAGGAUUAUACAAAAUUUGGUGCCUUUUGUAGUAGAGUUGGUGCCUUAAAAUGAAGCUGAAGGAAUUAAAGAAGACGGUCAACGUGAGCUGGUCGCCAGCGGAGCAAUAUCCGUCGAUGCUGGCUGCCGGCUCCGCGGCUCAGCAAGUCGAUGCCAAUUUUAGCUCCAAUUCCUCAUUAGAACUUUAUUCUUUAAAUUUAGAAGACCUAGGAUUAGAUUUAGAGCUUAAAGCCAGCUUGCAAACACAGCACAAGUUUCAGAAGAUAGUGUGGUCAGGUGCAGGAACAAUAGUUGGUGGCUGCGAUGGAGGCUUGCUUCAAUUCUAUAAUACUGAAAAAGUACUCAAUAGUUCACCUGAUGCACUUGUCGGAAGCAGCAAUAAACAUAAUGGAAAUGUAUCUGCAUUGGAUGUUAAUCCAUAUCAAAAGAAUUUAUUAGCAUCUGGAGCAUCUGAUAGUGAAAUAUUUAUAUGGGAUCUAAACAACACAAGUCAGCCAAUGGCACCGGGAAAUCGAAGUCAGCCUUUUGAACAUGUACAGGGGCUAGCGUGGAACCAACAGGUGCAACACAUUUUGGGCUCCACAUUUGCCACAAGGUGCUUAGUAUGGGACCUGCGGAAGAAUGAACCUAUUAUGAAAUUGAGCGACGCCCAGUCCCGCACCCGUUGGCGCAGCGUGUGCUGGCAUCCGGCCGUGGCCACUCAGCUCUGCAUCGCUUCAGAGGACGACUUGCUUCCGGUCAUACAGCUUUGGGAUCUACGGUUAGCAGCGUCUCCGUUGGUAACCCUGGAAGGACACAGCAAGGGAAUACUGGGUCUAUCCUGGAGUCCCCACGACCCUGACCUACUUCUGAGUGCCGGAAAGGACGGCCGACUGCUUUGUUGGAACCCUAAUAACACCAAACCGGGUGGAGAACUGGUGGUGGAGGUGUGUCAGCAAGGCCAGUGGGUGAACGACGUGUCGUGGAGCGGCCGCACCGCGGGCGUGUUUGCGGCGGCGGCGGCGGAGCAUGUCGCCGUACACUCGCUGCUGGGUGGCUCGAGGCCUGAUCGGCAAAGUCUCCACACGGCGAGCAACAUAAUGGAGUCGUUCGGGGGCGCGGACUCGUUCGCGGCUCUCCCGGCCGUGUCCAGAGCCGAGCCCGCUUCGGCGCCCAACCCUCUGCCGAAGCAGCCGCCCGCUUGGCUCAAGAGGCCCAGCGCCGCCAAGUUUGCCUUUGGUGGAAAACUGGUGACAUUUGACAAGUGUCCACAAAGCGAAGAAGUUCGGAGAUUGGUGCAAAUCACUCAGGUUGUCAGUGAGCCAGAGUUGGUGGAGAAGUCGGUCUCGUUGGAACAAGUUUUAGCUCUCACGUUGAGCCGGGACCCACAGGCGGCAGACAGGCUCGCAGAGUACUGUCGCGAGCAGGGAGACGCGUCUUCCGACCAACACGAGCGGUACACGUGGUUCUUCCUUCGAGCCAACUUCCUUCCUUCUUUCCGCACUGAAGUGCUUAACUUGCUCGGUUACAAGCAAGACGAAAUCCCAUCGAAGUUCAAAAGUCAAAACGCUGGAGACAUCCAAAACGACACAGCCUUUUUGAGCCGAGGUGAGUCCACGGAGACGGAGGCUGAACUCUCGACCGACACCAGCACCGAUCUCUCGGAAGCUCAAACCCUAAUCGAAAGGAAAUUGGCGAAUCUCGACCUAGAACCCACUGCCACGGAUGUCGUCAUCCCGAACGGAGAAGAAUCAGCGAGUUUGAUUUGCCGAGCUCUCGUCUGCGGAAACUUGGAAGAGGCCGUGGAGCUCUGUCUCGACGCUAACAGAGUGGCUGAUGCGCUUAUUAUCGCUUCUCUGGGCAGCCAAGAGCUGGUCUACAAAGUACAGCGAUACCAUUUGAACGCCAACGCGUCAGACCCGGUGUCUCUACUCAGCGGAAGUCUUCUGCGAAGCAAGUGGGAGGGGCUCGUGAGGAGUUCGGCUCCCGAGAGCUGGAAGGACGUCUUGGCCGCCCUCGUCACUCACGCGGACACGGAUGUCCUGCCCCACUACUGCGAAUUAUUAGGUGACAAGUUAUCCGAGGAAUCGGACGAAACCUACAAAAAAGCGGCCCAGCUAUGCUACGUGGUGAGUGCGGCCGGUGAUGCGUUAGCCGCGCGGUUAUCGCGCGAGAAACGCGACGUCAACGACAUAGCGGAGCUGACGAGGCGAGCCCAACUCGCCCUGUUACUGAAAACGGCUGCGGAAACGCGCGGUAGACCAGUGCAGGACGGAGGCAGCUUGACAAGUAUUCUGACGGAGUACGCGGGGCGAUUGGCCUCUCAGGGCUGCCUCCAAAGCGCUCUCACCGCUCUCCAGGGCUCUCCUUCGGAAAUGUACGACCGUCUCGCCACCGCCCUAGGGUUGGCACAGAACAGAUUUGCGCAGCAACACCAGCCACACCCUCAACACCCGCAGCAGCAGUUCGCGGGCAGGAGUCGCACGGCGAGCGAACACUCGCAGAAACGUCCUCAGCCUAACGCCUUUUUGCCCAUCAACGCGGCACUUCGUGAGUCACCGAAGCCGGAAGAGCAGUGGCAGAGAGCGUCCAACCCGUGGAACGCGUCAGUGCCAGCUGCGCCCGCGCAGGUGGCGACUCCUUUGCAGCACUCGCGACCCGGAAGCGUGGGACCUCAGCCCGGUAUAACAUCCCGCUCCAAAUACAAGGUGGACCCGUCGGUGCAAUCGGCUCCACUUUACGGCCAAUACGGCUUCAACAACGCUGUGACGGCUCAACCGCAGUUCGGCUACAAUAGUCCAAUUCCCGACCAAUACAGCUCCGCCGGUGUCCCGUCCCACAACUUCACCCCCGUCAACCACCCCAAUCCUACGAUCCCGCCCUCGAACCCAAACGUGCCAUUGAACCCGUCCAGUCAACUUAAUCCGACCGUUCCGCUCGACCCGACCACUCCCCUGCAUCCAGGGAAUUUCCCGACCGACCGAUCGAAUCAAGCGAACAGGCCGGGACAAACGAACGGCGGCUAUUAUGGCUCGCAGGGAGUCGAACCAGUCGCUCCCGUCCCGCCCCCCAAACCGGUCGCCCCCGGAUGGAACGACCCGCCCGUCAUGACCUCCAAGCCCAAGCCGAAGCCAGAGGUCCAACGACAGGCUCCAAUCACUCAUCCGUUAUUCGGCGCUGAGCAACCUCAGCACGUGCCGCUAAAUCCGACACAGUACCCGGGUCAACAACCGUUUCCGGGUCAAGAACAAUUCCCGGGUCAACAACAGUUUCCGGGUCAACAACAGUUUCCGGGUCAACAACCGUUUCCGGGUCAAGAACAAUUCCCGGGUCAACAACAGUUUCCGGGUCAACAACAGUUCCCCGGCCAACAACAAACUCCAAGUCAACUACAAUAUCCCGGACAACAGUUACCCGGGCAACAACAGUUCAAUCAGCAGCCUUUGCCGGGACAACGAGGCCAGUUUCCUGGUCAACAAUUCCCUCCGCAGUAUUCAGAUCAGUAUCAGCAGCAGGGAUAUCAAAGGGCGGAAAGUCCAGCGCCGGCUCCCGUGCCGAAAGGCCCCAUUCCGGAGCAGCAUCAGAUUUUGCAGACUACUUUCGAGCAGCUGAGGCACGACUGCGCCAACAGUGCCACUAGCUCGGUGGCGAAGAGAAAACUCCAAGAGGUUCAGAAGAAAUUAGAGAAUUUGUACGACUUACUGCGAUUUAAUAAGCUCUCGGAGAGUUCGUUGGGGACCCUCCACUCGUGCGUGCAGUGCGUCCAAAGCGGAGACCUGAACGGCGCCCAGCGCGCGAUCAUGUCUCUGGCCGGAGACGUGGACUUCGCUCUGGUGGCCAGCUUCAUCCCGGCCAUUAAGACGCUCCUGACCUUGGCCGACCGGCAGUCGCGGUAGUUCCACCCGUAGAAGACAGAAGAUUUUGAUCACAUCUCGAUCACCAAUUAUCACGGAUGUGAUUAUUCAGAAGAUUUCCAGUUUUAUUUCAAAGGAACUUUCGAGGACGUUCAUACAUUUGUUUAGUCUUUAAUUGUUAACUUGACGUUUGACUGUGAGUGUCACGUUAUUAUAAUUAUCUCAGUUAGUAUUUACCGGAAGCUUACGGUUACGAUUUGCACUUUAAGAGAUGUCAAAAUUGUUCGUUUACUUAAUACUAUGUGUAUGAAUUGUUUUUAAAUAAAAUAUAUAUUUAGUAAUUGUAAAAGUUUAUUAAUAUAUUAAUUGGAUAUUUUUGAAUAAUGUUUUGCAUCCUACAAUAUUUAUUAAGGUGUGUAUGUUAAAAUUAU